AUGUCGUCGCGCGCGCUCGCGCUCGCCGCGAGCGCGCGCCUCGACGCGCGCGAGCGGUCUUCGCGUCGCCCGCGUCGCUUCUGCGCGCGCGCGACGCGCUGCGCGGCCGCGAAGCCGCACGUCGUCAUCUGUCCCGGUCUCGGGAACGCCGGGACGGAUUACGACGCCUUCGCCGCGCUCCUGCGCGCGCGCGGGCACGGCGCGACGAUCGCCGACGUGCGACGCGUCGAUUGGCUCCGCAACGCCGCCGGCGCGGCGACGCCGGCGUACUGGCGCGGGACGCUGCGACCGAAACCGACGGUGAACUGGUAUUUAGACGCGCUCGCGAACGCGUGCGAGGAAGCGACGCGCGACGACGACGACGUCGCGCUGAUACUGUGCGCGCACAGCGCCGGAGGAUGGCUCGCGCGCGUUUUCAUCGACGAACACGCGAGCGAGGCGAUCGUGGGGCGAAUCGCGCGACUGGUGACGCUGGGCUCGCCGAUGAAACCGGCGCCGCGCGACGUCCCGGGCGUCGUCGAUCAAACGCGAGGGAUCCUGACGUACGUCGACGAGAAUUGUCGCUCGGCGAGCGAACUGACGCGCGAUCUCGGCAUCGAGUGCGUGUGCGUGGCUGGGAAAUACGCGCGCGGCGCGGAGACGCUCGACGGCGUCGCGAGCGCGGGCGCGUUCGCGCUCGGCCAGGGAUACAAGCAAGUGUGCGGCCGCGCCGCCGUCGACGGCGACGGCAUCACGCCCGUCGAGUCCGCCCUCAUGGACGGCGCGCGUCACGUCGUGUUGGACGACGUCUAUCACACCCCUCUCGGCGCCGACGACGCCGCCGGUCGCGCGUGGUACGGCUCGCCCGCCGCGUUCGAGCGUUGGGUCCCCCUCGCCCUCGACCCGUCGUGA